GUAACUUAAUUGUUGAGUUAAUUUUCUCAAUAUAUGUACGUAACUUUAUGUAAUUGUCCAGGAUAUCAGAUUUUUAGGAGUAAGAGAGAUCGAUCCAAAAUUCAGAGGCAAACUAAAUUAAAGGCAUUAGGACAAAGAAGGAAAAUAUCGCUUCAUUCUAUGCAGAAAAAAGCGAUGACACUUGGAUUAUUAGCCUUAUUAACAACACUAUUUUGGGGUUUAGAGAGCAAAAUUUCACCUUUUGAUACCAUAGUUGCACUGGAUGGAAGUGGAGAUUUCAAGUCCAUAACAGAGGCGUUACAAGCAGCUCCAGAUAAUAGUGAAAGAAGAUACAACAUAAAGAUAAAAGAAGGGAUAUACAACGAAUAUGUUUUUGUUCAUAAAAAUAAGACUAAUAUAACAUUUAUUGGUGAAGGAACGGACCGUACCAUCAUAACUGGAUCUAAAAGCAAUGGCACUGGCUUCAAAACAAAUGAGACUGCUACUGUAGAUAUAAGUGGCUAUGGAUUCAUAGCACAAGAUAUCACAUUCCAGAACACUGCUGGACCAUCGAUGCACCAAGCAGUCGCGACUAGUAUUUCAGCUGACCACGUUGUGUUCUAUCGUUGCAAGUUUGAUGGGUAUCAAGAUACACUUUACACAAAAAAUGGUGUUCAAUUUUUCAGAGAUUGUGAAGUCUAUGGUACUGUGGACUUCAUAUUUGGUAACGCAAAAGUCAUACUUCAAAAUUGCAAUAUCUAUGCUAGAAGACCUGAUGAUCUUCAAAAUGAAGUGACAAUAACUGCCCAAGGAAGAAAAAACAAACAUGAAGAUACUGCUAUUGUCCUUCAAGGUUGCACGAUAAACGUCACACAAGAUUUGCGGGAGCGUGAACCAAAGGUACGAGUGUUUCUCGGAAGAUCUUGGAAAAAUCACUCUCGAACGAUCAUCAUGUCAAGUUUUUUAGAUGAAUUUAUUGAUCCAGAAGGUUGGGUUGAGUGGAACGGGAAUAAAGAAGAUAUAUAUUUUGGUGAAUAUAAUAAUAGUGGGCCAGGAGCAAACAUAACUGGAAGAGUUAAUUGGACAAGAAUACUUUCAGAGUCAGAUGCUUCUAAUUUCACUGCUCGAAAAUUUCUCGAUGGACAUAAAUGGAUCCCUUCUAAAAUCCCAAACACACUUGAUCUAUUUAAAAUGUAGUACCAUAUAUUAAGUAUAUGUAUACUCUUAAUUUCCACUUGGAAAAUAAAUACAUUGGAGAUUUAAAUGUUA